AUGUCUCUCCCAUUGAAUCAAGAACAGAGUGCAAGAGCCCAGCAUCUAGUGCAAUCUCUGUCAAGGAUGGUACAACAACAACUAGCACAAGCUAACCAACGUCCUGCGGGUUCAGCGACCUCGCCGCUGCAGAAAGGCUUUGUAGAUCUCCUCUCAUUGAUGCCGACAUGUCUUGCCUGGCUUAUUGGGCAGGACCCCCUGCAGCGGUAUACAUCACCCAUCAUGACUUUGUUGGAGUCGACCAUACAAAUAGCAGGAGCUUCUGAACCGCCAGCUUUGUCGGAGUCUCAGCAAGAUAAACGAUCACAGCUCGUAUUGACAUCUACUGCAUGGAUCAAAAGUACAAUCGGGUUACCCUCGCAAAACCUCCCGCCGGAAAUUGAGCUAUCUCAUCUAGAACAACUCAUUGUGAUAUUAGUUGGCCAUAUCGGUAUUUGGGAGGAUAUGCGCCAGAGUGGAGAAGGAAAGGCCGAGGACUAUGUCGUUAAGGUUGCGGAACAUGUCCUGAAUAUAGCACAGUAUAUCGAACCUAGCAAGACUGUCCAGGAAAUGAUUUCAGAGACAUUCAUGAUAUACUGGCAAAACCUCGAGAGAAGAAUGCAGAGAACCAAAGAACCUAAAGACUUGGACGUAACAGUGCAAGCGCUCCGUCGCAGCGGUCAGUUUGUGCAAUCACCUAAAGCCACUGUAAUGUGCAAGGUCACGCUGGCAAAUCUACUAUGGACAAUGUGGAGAUCAGCUGGCCAAAAUGAAACGAUAUUUGAGGAGGCAAUUGAAAGGAGCAGGGAAGUCGUUGGACGCAUUUUUUGGAGUCAGGCAAGGACGGGGGAGAUCCUUGAGCGCUACGCCACGAUGCACAAUCAUCUUUUGGAAGCUUCGAGCAUCUACGAUACAUGGUUUACGAACCAAGAGGUAUUCUCGGAUCUCGACGCAGCUGUCAAGGCAGCCACCUUAGCUUACAAAGGCCUCUUACCAGACGCACCUCGGAACGUACAAGAAACGACGAUGAGGCAGUUUGGAGAUGUUUCUCGGACUAGAUACGACUGGGCUGGCAGCUUCAUGGAUCUUUGGCAGGCCCUUGCCGCUGUGAGAGUGUCGCUGGCGAGGUUCCCCUGCGGUCUAGAUAGUGUAGACUUCAACUGGACCAGAUGCGCCAUGAGACUUGUGGAUGUUUCAUCAUAUUACGAUCAGAAAGACUAUUUAGACGAGGCUCGAGAUCUUCUCAAUCGCUCAUUAAAAUAUUACGAAGGUGUCGUUGAAAACCCAACUCGAUGGGUGCCUUGUCAAGAAGCAAUCUGCCUUCGGUUCAUGUCCAUUCUAUACAGAACGAUCUGGCGAAGACGUUGUAUGAAUGGUGACACCCAGGAUUGUCUUGACCUUUCGAUUCGUUGUGCAGAGAAAGCAGUCACUGUGUUGUAUGAUAAAGACCCCCUGCUGAGUUCAGGCGUUGACAACCACACUCUGGCUUACUACACUCGAUACUUAUCUCCGUACCGGAAACCCUCAGACUUAGACACGGCCAUCACAUCUGCGACUCGAGCCGUCAACCUGGGAGCGCAUAAUUACUCGAACAUCCACAGGGCCCCAAGGGCAGCUGAGCGCAUGACUGUUGUGAGCAUUGGCAUUGCAGCUGAGAUACUAGCCGCUCGUUACCUGCGUGAUGGUCAUCGUUCUGAUCGGGAUGCGGCCGUCCACGCCAUUGAGAUGCUGCUAAAACUUCUUCCACCAAUGCACCCAAAGCGAGUUCAUGCCUUGCAGACCUACCGGGAUCUGCUCCAGCUAAAAUUAAUGUGUUCUCUGAAAGGAGAAGGCAGGGAACGGAUGUGCAAUCUGCUAAGGAGAUGGUUUUUCAAGGUCUCUGGAUCCUCGUCUUCAAGUUACAAGUAUCUUGGAGAGUCUGAUUUGAAUAUCCUUAGAGGUAUUGUCAGUUUGGAUAGGGGACGAUCGGAACAUCCACCUGCAGAUGCUAUUCGACGCCCUCAGAUGCCGGCACUGGUGCUAGGCAGUGAGCCUCUUUAUCACGAUCUCUCCCCUAUUGCGUACGCAAGAGGAUCUUACUCGUCGGAUCUCAGACUGGCGAUCGACAAACCUGGCUUGUGUGUCCAAGGGUCUGCGAGACCGUUUCUGGACAGUGGAAUAUCUGAAAUAGAGACCCUUGUCCGGGAGACAAAGCUGUGGGAUGUUCAGGAAGAGACUGUGACAGAGUUAAAAAGCAUUUUAUCGGCGGAUUUGAACACCGCCGAGAUAGUGACGCGCAUGUUGUCACUUGGUGAGCGGAUGUUUCAGAAUCAACAGUGGAAAGGGCUUCAGGCCAUCUGGCGCCAUUGCUUCGGAACCCUGGACGCUCUGGAUUUGCACACAAUGCGGUCGAAAGAAUACCAGGCUGCGUUCAGACGCCUCUCCAUGCUCGCCGUCAUGGUCGCGUCUAGUAUGCUUGCGCAGAAUCAGGACAUUUGGUCGGCCAUCCUUGUCCUUGAGAGAGGCCGAGAGGUCCUCAACAGCCUUAGCUCUCUGCCAACCCGAUCACAGCGUAUCAAGUACGCCCCACACCUGGAAAGACAGGUGCAGGAGCUAGUCGCAGACCUAAAGAACCCUGGUCGGGAGAGGAACCACGAAUACAGGCGCAGCGAAUUUCGCCACCUCGAAGCUUUCGAGCGCAAUUCUAGGGAAAUGCUCAAGGCGGUACAGGAUUUGAUCACGUGUGAAAGACACAUCGCGCCCUUUGGCAAAGAACAUAUCAUCCAGCAAAGCCAAGCCGGACCGAUCGUCAUGUUAGUGGCAACCACUAUUGGGGCUCAUGCGGUUAUCGUGACACCAUUCAAGACCCGUGCAAUCGCCUUGAAUCAAUGCAGCUACGAAGACGCGGUGAACAAGUCACGAGCAACGCGACUGGCGCUGAGCCAGUCCGUGCAAGAUCAAAGCCGUAUCGGAGAUGCCAACCGAGAGCUUCGUCAGUGCCUGAAGUGGCUGUGGGAUACGGUUGCACACCCCAUUGUGAAGGCUCUUGGCCUCGUCCCCAACGAAUCCAUUGACAAGCUCCCUCGCAUCCAAUGGGUCUGUUGCGGAAUUUUCUCUCACCUGCCCGUCCACGCCGCCGGGAUCUUUACUCGACCCGGAAAGCCGCAUCUUGCCCAAUAUGCCGUGUCUUCUUAUCUCUCGUCUGUUCGGUACACCAUCAUGGCAAAGCGCAAGGACCCGUAUCUCCGGCCGACCCAGUCCCAGAUCCUGGUUGUUGCCAUGCCCAACACAGAAGCCGACGCUGGUGCCCGAUAUGGGGAUCUCGACACCCAAGCCGAGUCUCUAGCCAUUCAAAAUAAUCUCCCCAGAUCGUUCAGCACGACGUACCUCACGAAUCCGGACAUGGGCUCCGUUGAGUCGCUCAUUGGUGGAUGCCGUAUCGCCCAUUUCAGCUGCCACGGCGUUGUCGAUCCGGCAGACCCGCUGAGAUCGCGUCUCGUGAUCCGCUUCGACGCCCAAAGACCCCUCACCGUGGCCGCGAUCCGCGAUCUCUCGUCAUCGUUCUCACGACUUGCGUUCCUUUCUGCUUGCAAUUCCGCUAGCUUUGAGGACCUGUCUACGGCGGACGAAGUGGUACAUGUGACGAAGGCGUUCCAACUGGCAGGGUUCCCUUCAGUGGUUGGGACACUGUGGCAGGCGUUCGAUGGAGAUGCAGCCCUCGUGUCUGGGGAGUUUUAUGCGUAUAUUGCAAGGCGGUUAGAUAGCGGAGACGUCAAAGAGCUCGACGGAGACUUGUUUGCGAGGGCGCUGCAUAGUGCUCUUGGGAGGUUAAGGGAGAAAAAUCCGUACUCAUGUGCUAGCUGGGCAAGCUGGAUCCACUACGGGGACUGA